GCUCCCACCAGUACUCACUCAGUAUACUUACUUCCAAUUAUAGCUUCUCACAUAUCCUUCUCCGCUUCAAGGAUCAUUGAUCCUGGCCAUGCUGGCCCCCCAUGCCUGUUCCUGGGGUCGACCCAUGGAAAAGCUAGUGAUCACGUUUUAUCUAUCUAUCUAUCUAUCUACCUAUCUAUUUAUCAGCCAACCCCAGACCCCAACCCGGGACCAUCCUCGGACGCAAGUAAAGGAGCCCUGUGCUGGAGAUGAUGAACCUGAGAGAAAGGCCCCAUAUCCCACGGGCAUACCAACGAGCCGCGCCACCGAGGCCCGGGAAAAGGGGUUCUCGUUUCUCAAUUCGUUUUCUUCAAGGUCAUUUCUCCAUACUCCCUCUCGUUUUGGUUGUCAUUCUCUAUUCCGUUCAAUUUCUAUCCCCGCCGAACAAUUUUUCGGAUUUGGGUACCAAUGGUAAUACGGCCAGGGUAUCCGUGCGUAGUCUCCAGUAGUACAUAGCACUGUACAUAGAACAUAG